AUGCUGCCGAUCCUGUGCUUGGCACUCUGCGGGCUGCUGACAGGCACGCGAGCUGACCCCGGGGCACUGCUGCGGCUGGGUAUGGACGUCAUGAACCACGAGGUCCAGAGCGCCAUGGAUGAGAGCCACAUCCUGGAGAAGAUGGCAGCUGAGGCGGGCAAGAAGCGGCCAGGGAUGAAACCCAUCAAAGGCAUCACUGAUCUGAAGGUGAAGGAUGUCCUGCUGCCUGUCAUCACACUGAGCUUCAUGCCCGGAGUAGGCAUCUCUCAAUGUGUGUCCACUGGCAUGACCAUCACUGGCAAAAGCUUCAUGGGUGGGAACAUGGAGAUCAUCGUGGUCCUGAACAUCACAGCCACCAACCGGCUUCUGCGGGAUGAGGAGACGGGCCUCCCCAUGUUCAAGAGUGAGGGCUGUGAGGUUAUCCUGGUUAGCGUGAAGACCAACUUGCCUAGCAACAUGCUACCCAAGGUGGUCAACAAGUUCUUGGACAGCACUCUGCACAAAGUUCUCCCUGGCCUGAUGUGUCCAGCCAUCGACGCGGUCCUUGUAUAUGUGAACAAGAAGUGGGCCAACCUGAACACCCCCAUGCCCGUGGGCCAGGUGGGCACCAUCAAAUACGUCCUGUCAUCCACACCGACAACCACAGCCAGUUACAUCCAAGUGGACUUGAGUCCUGUGGUACAGCAGAAAGAGGGAAGCACCAUCAAGCUUCCUGAUGCCAGGGAGGACCUCAAAGUCCCCGAGGGCUAUGCUGAAGGAUCGUCACAGCUGCUGCUCUCAGCCACCUUCCUCACAGCUGAGCUCACCCUCCUACAGAAGUCUUUUGACGUGAAAAUCCGAGACAUGAAGAUUGGUGAGCUGCCCCCACAAACCACUGAGACGCUGGCCAGCUUCAUACCUAAAGUGGCUGAGGCAUAUCCUAAGCCAAAGCCCUUGAUGACCCAGAUCAAGAUCAACAAGCACCCCAAGGUCACCAUGAAGACAGGCAAGAGUCUGCUGCACCUCCAUGGCACCCUAGAGAUGCUGGCUGCUCGGCGGAGGAGCAAGGCUCCUGUGUCUCUCUUCCUCCUGGAAGUCCACUUCAACCUGAAAAUCCAGUACUCAGUGCAUGGGGACAGGCUACAUAUGGCCACCUCUCUGGACAGAUUACUGAGCCUGACCCGGAAGUCCUCAAAGAUGGGCUCAUUCAAGGAGCAGGAGCUGACUGGUUUCAUCACCAAUUAUCUCCAAGAGGCCUACAUCCCAGUCGUCAAUGAUGUGCUCCAGGUCGGGCUCCCGCUCCCGGACUUUCUGGGCAUGAAUUACAACCGGGCUGAACUGGACAUAGUGGAGAAUGCUCUGGUGCUGAAUUUGAAGUUGGAAUGA